AAGCACAUCACCUCCUUUCUUUCCCACCAGUUCACCUCUCCCUCUCUCUCAGAUUGAUCAUUGAAAGUGAUUUAUACAGCUCAAGAACGUAAAAGUUGUAAUGGAUAGCCAAGAGUACACGAAGGAUGGAUCAGUUGAUCUCCAUGGCCGCCCUGUUCUCGCAUCUCAAACUGGGAGAUGGAGAGCUUGCGCCUUCCUAGUAGGGUACGAAGCAUUUGAAAGGAUGGCCUUCUACGGAGUGGCCUCAAACCUGGUGGUGUACUUGACGACACAGCUGCAUGAAGACACAGUCUCCUCAGUGAGGAACGUCAACAACUGGUCCGGCUCCGUCUGGCUCACGCCCAUCCUCGGAGCUUACAUCGCCGACGCCUACUUCGGCCGCUUCUGGACCUUCACGGUCUCCUCCCUCGUCUAUGUACUUGGCAUGGGGCUGUUGACCAUGGCAGUGUCCAUCAAGUCCUUGAGGCCGACCUGCAACAGUGAGACCUGCGGCUACGCGACGCUGUCGCAGGUCGCCUUCUUCUACGCCUCCCUGUACGUCAUGGCCGUCGGCGCCGGAGGAACCAAGCCCAACAUCUCCACCUUUGGCGCCGACCAAUUCGACGACUUCGACCGCCACGAGCGCAAGCUCAAGGCGUCCUUCUUCAACUGGUGGAUGUUCAGCUCCUUCUUCGGCGGGCUGAUCGCCACGCUUGGCCUCGUCUACGUCCAGGAGAACGUCAGCUGGGGCGUCGGCUAUGGUAUUCCCACCACCGGCCUCGUCGUGUCGCUGCUCAUCUUCUACGCGGGCGCGCCGAACUACCGUCACAAGGCUCGGAAGGCCGAGAGCCCGGCCAGGGAGAUUGUUAAGGUUUGGACUACGGCCUUCGCGAACCGGCGGUUUGAACUCCCCGACGACCCGGCUGAGCUCUUCGAGCUCGAGCCCCGGCAUUACCUGCUCACCGGGAAGCGGCGACUGCAUCACAGUUCUUCCUUCAGGUUCCUUGACAGGGCGGCCAUCAAGGAAGGGGCGGAUCCCUGCACGGUGACGCAAGUCCAGGAGGCGAAGCUGGUGGCGGGCAUGACUCUGAUCUGGUUCGCUACCCUCGUCCCCAGCAUUAUCGGAGCGCAGGCCAACACCCUCUUCGUGAAGCAGGGAACCACCCUGGACCGCCAACUCGGCCAGGCCUUCCGCAUCCCCGCCGCCUCCCUCGGCAGCUUCAUCACCAUCUCCAUGCUCCUCGCGGUGCCGUUCUACGACCGUUACUUCGUCCCCUUCAUGCGGCGCCGCACCGGCAACCCUCGCGGCAUCACCAUCCUACAGCGCCUCGGCGUCGGCUUCGGCUUCCAAGUCCUCGACGCCCUGGUCGCCUACGCCGUCGAGCUCCGCCGGAUGCACGUCAUCAGACAGCGCACCGUGGCCGGGCCGGGGGACACCGUUCCCAUGAGCAUCUUCUGGCUGCUGCCGCAGUACGUCCUGCUCGGCGUCGGCGACGUGUUCAACGCCAUCGGCCUGCUGGAGUUCUUCUACGACCAGUCGCCGGAGAGCAUGCAGAGCCUGGGGACGACGUUCUUCACCAGCAGCAUCGGCGUCGGCAACUUCCUCAACAGCCUCCUGGUGACGGUGGUGGACAGGGUGACGAGGGCGGGCGGAGGGAAGAGCUGGAUAGGGAACAACCUCAACGACUCGCACCUCGACUACUACUACGCUUUCCUGAUGGCCAUAUCGGCCAUCAACCUGGCCGUCUUCGUCUGGGCGUCGAGCGAGUACGAGUACAAGGAGGAGGCGUUGGAGGUUACAGAGGCGAAGAUGGUGUGUGUGCAGAUGGAGGGCAUGCUCGUGGAUGCGCCUCCAGCUUCGUCGGAGGGUCGAGUGAGACAGUGAGUGCAAUUAAGCAGCAGGAGUUGCUUUAUUAGUAUGCAAUUCCACAUCGCACUCAACACUUGUUGCUUGGCUUUUAAUCCUUUUGUAAUUUCUCCUAUUAUUGUGAUUUACACUGAUAACGCAAUUGAGUAUUUUCUUUAUAGCU